ACACUUCCUGACUUCCUGUUGUCACUAGAGCUCCGGGCCACUCAGCGGAAUGGCUGCGUUCCUGCGAGCUCGUAAAUAUGUUCGUUGUGUUGUGCGUUUCUCUGACCGUGAACUGUAAACGCUGGUGUUGACCGGUUGUGACGAUUAAAAAAAAAAGGACGCCUACUAGCCAAGCUGUCAUGGCUGAAGAAAAUGCAGAUAUCGGAGGUAUGACUGAGGAUGAAGAUGAAGGUUCAGAUGACCCAAACCUUCAUCUGGAGCUCAAUACGUUCAGAGCUCAGUGGAUGUCUGAACUCAAACUCAGCUCUGGAGCAAGUGGACUGAGUGGCCGACUGCUGCGAGCUAAAGGUCUGAAGAGGCCGCAAGAUAUCGCCCGAGAGGAGAAGGCCACCGAGUUGUUCUUGAGAGCGGUUCAGGAGGAGCAGAAUGGAGCCGUCUAUGAGGCAAUCAAGUUCUAUCGCAUGGCUAUGCAGCUUGUGCCUGACAUUGAGUUUAAGAUCAACUACAGCCGUCCUCCUGACGCAGACCGAGGUGGAGGAAACUACAUGGACAACAAUGUUGACGGUGAAAUCGAGGAUCUCCUCGCCUACUUUGAGGAGGAGCUCACUCUCGAAAGCUCGUUUCCAAAGAUCUGCACUCCUGAGUUGGAUUUGACUCAGAUGCACAUUUCAGCCUUGCCGAGUGAAAUCCUGAUGUACAUCUUCCGCUGGGUUGUGUCGAGUGAUCUGGACAUGCGAGCCCUGGAGCAGCUCUCUCUGGUUUGCCGUGGGUUUUACAUCUGUGCAAGGGACCCUGAGAUUUGGCACCUAGCCUGUUUGAGAGUGUGGGGACGGAACUGUACCAAACUUGUUCCCUUCAAAUCCUGGAGGGAGAUGUUUCUGCAAAGGCCUCGUGUCCGUUACGAUGGUGUUUAUAUCAGCAAGACGUCGUACAUUCGUCAAGGAGAGGCAUCUCUGGAUGGAUUUUACAGAGCUUGGCAUCACGUUGAGUGCUACAGGUACCUCCGGUUCUUCCCCGACGGCCACGUGGUCAUGCUGAACACCCCCGAGGACCCUCUGUUGGUUGUUCCUCGCUUGCGUACUAAGAACAUCAGAAUGGAUUCUGUUCUGCUUGGUCAUUUCCGUCUGUCACAGGAGACGGACAAUCAAACCAAAGUUUUUGCUGUCUGUAAGAAAAAGGAGAAAGCGACCGAGUUUCAAAGGAAUCGGUUCUCCAGGCGGAACCCCCCUCCUCCAGAGGCUGAGCACAGCUUCCACGUGGGACUGCAUCUGUGCUCUGGGGGGCGCCAGACUUUCAGUAAGCUGGUGUGGAUCCACCACUCCUGCCACAUCACUUACAAGCCGACUGGGGAAACGGUCAUCACGCCGUUUGACCUGGACAGCAUGUACACACCCUUCUUCUUUGCACGUGUGAAGAGUUACACUGCUUUCUCCAAACAGCCUCUUUAAGCUGCCUGAUAACCUGCACAGGAUCCCACGAAGACCACAGCAAAAAGGUCUUCCACCAUUUAAAGAAAAUGCAUACUCAGCUUGUUUAAUUUGUGUUGCAGCUGGAUUACAGUCUUGACAAGUGAACCCUCAUGUUUCCUACAUGCAGCCACUUUAUUUCAGGUUUACAUGAUAGAAUACUAAUUAUUUUCUGAUUUCAGAAAAAUUAUCUGCUGUGAGCUAAAAUAAUGAGCAACCUUUCCCACCUGCUCCAAGCAAUGAAUGUUCAUACGGUGUUUGUUUCAUGGUGCACUUUCUCCCUCAAAUAAACAGUGGUGAACAGAA